AUUGAUUAUGGCUGAGACAGUUUUAAUACUGGCUUUGACCCAAGACAAAAAUUGACUCUAUAAAUUCUAAUUUGGAGGAGCAAAUUAAGGUUAUACAAAAUGGGUAAACCAAGACAACAAAUUCUGAGUUUUGAAUUUGCCAAGUUAUCUCCUUUAUAAGAGAAUGGAGUGGUAAGCAAUCCUUCACAAUCAAGCACUUUGAAGAUUCGUAACGUGUUCCUUUGGUUUUGCGUUUGGUUUCUUAUGAAAGCCAAGUUAUUCCCUCCUCUUAUUCUUCUUCGCCCAAGGAACACAUUGGUUCAAUGGAGAACAACAUGUCUUCUUCUAGUUCAUGGAGUCCAGAUAGCUCUAUCAGUCUCCACCAAUCUCUUUGGCUUCAGACAACUUUAUCAGAAAUGGACAAGAAGAUGAAGGCCAUGCUGACGCUUUUGGAAGAAGAUAAUUCUUCAUCCAAAAUAGUUGAGAUUCAGUGCACAAGAAAAUCAGAACUCAUACGAAUGCUUGAAGAUUUCAACAGGUCUUACCGUUCACUGGCAGAACAGCAUGAUCAGUUGAGGUGUAAAUCACAUUAUGUCCUUCGUUCAGGGUCUUCAUCUUCAUCUUCUAACUCCAGAAAAAUCAGACAAAUCAGUGACAACCAGAAAAGAGUGGCAGAAAGCUUCAAUGAUCCUAAACUGGCAGCAUUUGAUUCCCACUCUGAUUCUAUUAUCGGAGAUCCAGAUGCUGAAUGUGAUAUUGCUAAUUUUGAUUUUGACAUUGAAUACCUGAACAGGCUAGCAGACGAAUUGUUGUCAACUGAACAACGCAAGAUGAAUCUGGAAACAAAAAUUAUAUUUGAAGACAAAGAAAUGGAUCAAGAAACCACAGAGUCCUCCAACAAAGAAGAGAUCAAGAUGAAUGCCUCUGAAUUGGGUCGAGCUACAACUAGAGAUUUUGCAACGGAUAUUUAUAGAUGGGAGAAUACAUGGCCUGAGAUAAAAAUUCAAGUCACAAAGCUAAUGGUGGAGAAUCUGCAGCAGAAGGCUGAGUUGCUAAAAAGAAAUCAACAAAAGAGAAAAACCAUUAAUCGGCUCAGGGAAGAAAUUGAACGUUUAAAGAACGAGAACCGGACCCUCCAGAAUUAUACCAAGUUCUCAAAAGUUGAAUUGAAGCGUAGCCAAUCACAGAUGUCAAGAUUAAGUGAAUCAAUUUUCAGUAAGUUUUUCAAGGUAGGUUGCUCAUGAUUUGGCAAUCUUCACUUUUAUGAAUUAAUAAUUGAGAAGAGCAAGCCCCAUCUCAAAAGAUUUGUAGUCCGAACAAGUUCUUCUGAGAAAGAUCUUCAUGAAACUAUGCAUCAUCAAUUGGCAAUGAAACCAUGGUUUUCCAUAGUUUUUAAUCACAAUCAUCUAUUUGUAGUAAGGCUGCAUCACACUGUAUAAUAAUACAGGUGUGAAUUUUACUUUGUAAUUUUCAUUUAUUAACCAAGUUUUCAGAGCGACUGGAAUGCUGUAA